UCUUUCCUUAAGAAUUCAAUUAACUAACAGGUACCUAUUUACAUGUAACUACCUAAAGUACCUCCCAAAGUACCUUAGGUAAUGCAAAGGAACCACCUGAACGACGACCGGUAAUUGAGCUUUCGUCGUCUUCGCUUCGAGAGCUCUUGCAAGCCUUCCUCCAACACCAGCAUUAACACAUUUACUCACAAUGUAUCCCUCAAGGAUACUCCGAGCGCAGCACGGCGAGAAGCCGAACAUUACCGGCUUCGACAUCAGGAAGUUUGCGCACUCAGCCGGACAGCCAAAAUACGAUCCCUGGGAGCGAGCGGAAGCAUGGCGAUACACGGGCAUAUUCACGCGCUGGAACCGCUUCAAGAACGCCUUACCCGGUCUAGGAAUCGCCACCGUGGCCUUCGUCGCAUACCUCGGCUUCGAGAAGCUGUUCCUCAAGGACGAGCACCAUGGAGACGAACACGGGGAGGGCCAUCAUUGAGCGGACGCAAAAGCAGCGAGAUGGAAUUAAAUGCUAUAGGCUAUAGAGGUUCCGAAUACGGCAUUGUACAUAUAUGCGCAUCCGACCCAUCCGGAGCGAAGACCGGAUGGGAAUAGCUCUCAAUGAAUGAAUGUACUUGGUCACGGCCAAGGGACUUUCUGAUAAAUAUACAUAUCAUACGAUGUCUAGCUGUUGGAUAAUAAUUUUAUUAACGUCUAGUGGGUGUGCCGAGACUAUUUACCUAAAGAUAUAUAUCUUUUACGCUUAAGCACGUCCGGUGUAGAGGACGACCAGAGUAUCAUAGCUGAGCCGGUGUAUAUAUCGCCUGACAAGAGAACUUGGCUGCAGGAUAUAUAUAGGUACAUAUAACUAUGCGAUGCUGAUAAUGAACACGGAGAAUAACUAUCUCAUUUAACUUUCAAGUAUUUACAUCGAAGAUAGAAA